AUGCCUCCUUUACCAGACGAAGAGUGUCCACUGACAAUCUUCGCAGAUAUCCACUAUUAUUUUACAGGUCCCACGUCGAAGCCCCUCCUGCACCGAUUUGAUAAGGAGUCAUAUUUCUACGUCUAUUACGAUGCAUCGCGACAUAAGUCAAGGAUUGAAGUCGCAAAUAACGUAGGCACACCAGAUCAGGAUUCCUUUUAUGGAGCUUUGGAUCAUGUCCACUUGCAAAACUCCGCUGCGUUCCCAACCCGGUGUACGGUAACAGUCGAUGGAUUGAACACCGGCCAGGUGGAAUCCUCCCCGCCAGGCGCUGAUCCAUAUGAAUGGAGACUGGCUAGCAAAGAGGCAAAUGGUCUCCUUCGUCUUCAUGCUCUGGACAUAUACUUCUGGAGUUUAGACGAUGCCAAUCAGUUUAUGGACUUGGUCGUGACAAUAUUACGUCCUGAGCAGAUCGGUUUGGUUCGAUCUGUUCCCACGGAGUCUGACCAGGUCUUAGACCCCGUCGUUCAGCAACUGGAGACAGUGGCCAUCACGGACCCAGGCUAUCAGAAUGGACAGACUCUAGACUCAAAACCUGAGUCAGCUUCGAGUCUUGUUCGGAAUCCUCCAAAUCUCGCAGACACUGUCAGUUUCCCACCCCCGCCCCCUGGUGGACCGCCAAUUUCGUCUCAGUCGACCCCGACCACUACCGGUACUCCGUCAGAAGAACAUAAAGAAUCUGCGAACGUGGCUCCUCUGCCGUACAACCCAGCCGCCCCGGCAGCACCGGAACUGAUAAAACAUCGCGAGAAGACACCGCCUCCCCCAGAUGCUGAGACAGGGACUGGACUUGCCGCUGCAGUGGCAGCAGACUAUGGGGUUCCAUAUACUCAACCCCAGUCAUUGGGAGAGGGUCAUGCUCCCCUAUCGAGCCAGACAUCUUUCUAUUCUCCUCCUGCAACUAUGCCUAGCAGCUUUGCACCGUCGCCUGCAAGUGUCGAUCUGACCCAUUCCAGAUCAGUAUCGUCUAGCACAAGCACAGGACCACCCAGGACUGCAUAUUCGUCGGGAUCUUCUGUGGUGACCUCACCUGGUGCCUACCCGUUGACUACAGCGGGCACACCCAUGCUGUCAUCACAGAUGGCUUUUGCACCACCUCUACAGGAUCCGAAUGCACACCUUCACAGCCAGCAGCAGUAUGCAUAUGUCUCUCAGGCGCCGGAAACUAGGUUACUGCGCCAGCAAACUGCGCCCCUGCUGGAUGGAUAUUCCAGCUCCUCUUACCAGCAACAUCUGACACACCACCAUAACCCCUCUGGAUCUGGUAAUGAAUAUGACAUUCACAGCCAGGUCUAUCGUCCUACCGAGGUAGAGGCACAAUCGCAUUACCAAAAAUAUGCCGACAACGCGAUGAAGAAUUCCGGUCAACGUGCACGGAAGCUGGAAGAAAGUGCGGCACGGGUGGAAAAUAGCGUCAAUAAAUUCUUGAAGAGACUCGAACGAAGGAUUGCUUGA